UCAGGCCAUCCUCUAUCGUAUCUUCAGUUUAAUUACCUUGCCUCAGCCCCAGCUGGCCAUGGUGACUAUCUCAAACAACAUCGAUCUGCCGGAACGCUUGUUGCCAAAGGUUUGCACCCGCCUUGGCUUUGACCGGGUGGACUUCAGAAGCUAUACGAGAGAUCAGAUCCACGACAUUCUGCGACGGCGCUUAGAAAGUCAUCAGGCCCUUGAUGUAUUUAAGAACGACGCCCUGAAGUACUGCGCUGCACGUGUUGCGGGGCAUUCAGGCGAUGUACGUAAGGCUUUACAGUUGUGCCGACGCGCCCUGGAGCUGUGCUGCGAGAGAACAUCUUCCAACACGAAGCUUCAAGUGGGGGUGGACAGCCUAAGGGCUGCGGAUGAAGAUUUGCUGCAGGGCAAUCCUGGGGUUUUCGCCAUCCGCCACAUCAGUAUCAAAGCACGGCUCUUCUUGCUGUCCUUUCUGUUAGAGAUGAGAGAGCGUCAGGCAGAGCAAGUACAUGCCACGCACGUAACCCAGCGUUUCCUGAAGCUGUCCAUGGCUUUGGCGCUGGCCCAACAGGCUGUGAUCGCCAGUAAUCCUCUGAACCAGCAGGACGAGGCCCGAGAGUUAAUGGAGAGGCUAGAAGCAUGUACCUUGCUCAAGAGGCACUAUGUGAGCACGGACGAGGAUUGCUUGAAGCUUCGCCAGGGACCCUUCCUAUCACUGGCCAGCCUGGAAUUGGACGAUCUUUCUGUGGCACUUCAUAUCUCAGAGACUGAGCCAUUUCUACUGGAGCUUCUGGCCAACCAAUGAGAGCCCCAACUGGGGGAUCCCUUUCUGGGACCUCCUGGGCAAUGGGACAUAAUGGGACCAUAGGUUGGGUGCUUCUCAGUAACAAACUUCCGAUUUGGUUCGUUUGUGUGUG